CCGGGAGGGGAGAGAGGCGAGGAAGAGGCGGUGGCGGGAGGUGGCCGAGCCUCAGGCGGGCUACCGGGCCCCAUUAACGUUUAUUCGAGCUAUCCACCGACGUGUUCCUCACAAACAGGCAUUCCCUUCCCCCGCCCGCACCCCUAGCAUCUCUUUGAACGCAGAUAUUUCCGCGUUAACACCUCGCCAGUGUGCAGCGGCCCCUCCGCUUCCGCAGAGCGCCGGCAAGAUUUUGCAUCCGCCGCCGGUGGAGGCGGGAGUUCGGUCGUUAUCGCCGCCGGUGGAACCUGAGCGACGCGAUGCGUGUUUCCCCGUCGGGCCCGGAAGCGGUGGGACCCGCCGGUAAGGGCGGGAAGAGGACGGUGUGUAGCGUGAAGAGAACAGGAGGGAGCUCGCCACGGGACUUCUCGCAGCAUUUGCUAAUCCAUGUUCCUGCUUGCUUAGGUAGACAUUAAACUACAGUAGCAAGAGUAAGAUACCUCUGGAUACUAGUUUAGUUGUUUAAUUAAUUCCAAACCCAUUUAAUUUGGGUUUAUUUUACCCAUUUUAAUUUGAGUAAUUUAAUUGCCUUACUGGAAGUGAAUUCUUCAAGUUUACCAACAUGGCUCUAACGACUGCUUUACUGAACAGUGCUUAUUUGCACACCAGAUGCUACAGGCACAAAAUUUUGCACCCCUUACUUGGACCUCUCCUCAGUGAUCCCAUGUCAAAAUUAUACAGCAGCUACAAAAGGCCAGGCUCACUGCCUGAGGAAAAAAAGUCUUGGCAAAACACUGACUUCAGUUUUAAGAAGAGCAUUGAUGUCUUGAAGUCUCAGCUAGGCUUGCUGAAGAGGGAGACUGAGGAUUACUUGAUAGGACCUGGAGGCAAACCACUCAGUCACUACAUCUUGGAACAGACAAAGGUGUUGUGGGAGUUUCGGAGCCAAGAAGAUUUGAAUAAAUGGGUGAUUUCCUCUGAUGUGGAGAUUGGAGGGAAAAGUGAAGUUCACCUCACCUUGGGUAGGAAUAACCAAGCUGCUCUGCUCUAUGGAACUCUCAACACAGAAGUGCCUCGUGAUGGGGAGACUAAAUACAGUGGAUAUUGUAGUAUGAGAUCCAAACCACUCCUGGGAUCUUUUGCUAGGAAGAAGUAUUACGACUGGUCAAACUUCAACUGUCUGUACUUGCGUGUCCGUGGCGAUGGCAGACCUUGGAUGGUCAACAUUUAUACAGACCCUUACUUCUCUCAUCAGAAGGAUGACCUCUAUAACUACUUCAUGUUCACCCGAGGAGGCCCGUACUGGGAGGAAAUAAAGAUUCCAUUCUCCAAAUUCUUUCUCUCCAGUCGGGGAAGAGUCCAGGAUGACCAGCAUCCUAUCUGGUUGGACAAGGUCAGUACCCUUGGAUUCACCAUUGGAGAUAAAGUAGAUGGCCCCUUCCAGCUGGAGAUUGAUUUUAUUGGUCUGAUCAAUGACAGAGCUCACACAGAAGAAUUUGCCUAUGAGACAUAUGAAAAGAAUCCUAUAGCUUAAGCUAGGCUGGUGUUGUUUGGGGCAAUCUUCAGAGGUUUGAUUCAUUUUUUAUAAAACACUUCUGAACACCUGGAAUGUAACAACAUGGAAACUCCAUGUAAACAUUGAAGAGAGAAAUGCAGGAGGUGUUGACUGGAGUAACUGGUCUGGAGGGACACUGCUGGAAUCUUGGAGCUGCCAAAUACAGACUCCCAGAGAGACUGUGCACACAUGGACUGCAAGAGUAUGUGAUGUAUUCUGAUAAAGCACUAACUGUUGACUGGGUAAGUUUUGGCUCUUGUCCUGGCCUUUAUAGAAAUAAAAGUAUUUAAUGAGCUUGUUGUA